CGACGACGACGACGACGACGACGACGACGACGACUACUACUGAUGAUGAUGAUGAUGAUGAUGUUUGGAGUCCUUGUGGCCACUCCCUUGAACAUGUUGUCCACGGGCACUCUCAAAUCUUUUUUCUCAGCUUACAAAAACUGUGCUGCACUUUACAAAGCAGGUCAACGAACAAGUGGUGUUUACCGUGUCAGUCCAGAUGACGCCGGUUUCUUUGAUGUGUACUGUGACCAAACAACAGCAGGUGGGGGAUGUGCAGUGUUUCAGAAAAGACUUGAUGGUUCAGUUGAGUUUGAUCGCGUUUGGAACGACUAUAAACAAGGGUUCGGGAAUCUGAGCACAGAGUUUUGGCUUGGACUGGAUAAGAUUCACCGUCUGACAAAAGGAACAAGCAAGCUUCGGGUGGAUCUCGAAGAUUUCAACGGACAAACAGCUUACGCCGAGUACGACUUGUUUGAAGUUGCUGCUAAAGGAAAUAAAUACAAGCUGACUCUUGGUACAUAUACGGGUGAGUGCUUCCUUCCUCCUUCCUUCUUUCCUUCCUUCCUUCCUUCCUUCCUUCCUUCCUUCCUUCCUUCCUUCCUUCCUUCCUUCUUUUCUUCCUUCCUUCUUUCCUUCCUUCUUCCCUUCCUUCUUUCCUUCCUUCCUUCCUUCUUUUCUUCCUUCCUUCCUUCCUUCCUUCCUUCUUUCCUUCCUUCCUUCCUUCCUUCCUUCCUUCCUUCUUUCCUUCCUUCCUUCCUUCCUUCCUUCCUUACUUCCUUCCUUUUUUCCUUCCUUCCUUCCUUCUUUCCUUCCUCCCUCCCUUGCUUCCUUCCUUUCUUCCUUCCUUCCAUCCUUUCUUCCUUGUACAAUUGUUGUAUUCCUCCCUCCAAAAGCAGUUCCCAAAUUUCUUAUUAUGUUUAGCUACUUGUUAUUACCACAGUAUUUCCCCUGGAAACGCCACAGAAUUUUUAGUCAUUAUAUUAAAAGGGCCGGGUGCCUCUGAUUUUCCAGAGAUGGUUUAAGGCGUGUCAUCUGGUUGAGAUAUUUUGAGAUAUGAUUUUUCUCUUUUGUAGGAACUGCUGGGGAUUCCUUUACGUAUAAUAAUGGUAUGGCGUUCUCCGCUAAAGAUCGAAGCAAUGAUAAAAGUGGCAUUAAUUGUGCCGCAUAUUGGAAUGGAGGCUGGUGGUUCAAUUCCUGUCACGACGCCUUUCUGAACGGCUUCUAUUAUCAUGGCUCACACUCCAAUGCCUGGGGAGGUGUGAUAUGGUAUAAAUGGAAGGGUGCCAGGUACUCUGCCAAACGUGCGGAGAUGAAAAUUAAACCAGUUAAUGCCUAA